UUAGUGUCAGCUGUUUUUUCGCGGUUCGCUGCGACUGUCAUGCGCUGCUGUAAACAAAACAGAAAACGCUGAACUGAUAGAAUGCAUCUUCUCAAGAUACUUUUCUACAAGUCUUGUGACGCACUUCGCAGAUUUACAACGUUUAAACAAAUUAGAUUUGAAUAAACAUUAGAAAGAGAGGAAAAAUAAUUAAAGUUGUGUUUAUUAAUAAAAUAUUUAAAUUUUAUUAAAUGUUUGCACUCCAAUAAGAAAAACAAGUUUUGUGAAAAAUUUCGGAAUUUUGUCGCUGCAGCGUCCGAGCGCUCGAAGUUAAUAAAAUCAUCUUACGUAACGUCUGGACAUAAAAUAAUUCAGAUAAAAAUUUAUUAAAAAAAUUUAAAUAAAUAUGUUUUCACAAGCCAGAAUCGAUGUUGACAAGCCACUUUUUGACCUCAACACAGUUGUGGGACGCUUUAAACACUUUGCCUGGAUGACCGAUCCACGCACUGUGCUUGUUCCGACAGAACGUUUGGAGAGCGCUAAAACUUUAGUUGAGUCAUACCGUUUGGGUAAAGAACCUAUUGGGACAACAGAUAAAGAGAUCAAAUAUGCAAUGAAAUUAUAUGCAUCGGCUUUUCAUCCUGACACUGGAGAAUUGCAAAACUUUUGUGGUCGCAUGAGUUUUCAGGUACCUGGCGGCAUGGCUAUUACUGGUGGCAUGUUGGCAUUUUACAAAACGGUACCGGCUGUUGUGCUUUGGCAAUUCUUCAAUCAAUCUUUUAAUGCGAUUGUAAAUUACACAAAUCGAAAUGCCAAUUCGCCAGUAUCUGUGACGCAGCUCGGAGUAGCUUAUGUGUCAGCAACGGGUUCAGCACUAGUAGCGGCAAUUGGUUGCAAAAAUUAUUGGACCAAGGUUGCAGCGCCUCUGUUUCAGCGUUAUGUACCAUUUGCUGCAGUUGCUGCUGCUAAUUGUGUAAAUAUUCCGCUUAUGCGACAAAAUGAAAUCCUUAAUGGGAUUGAAGUAAAAGACGAUCGUGAUGAAGUUGUAGGUCAUAGUCGUGUAGCUGCUGUCAAGGGUAUAAGCCAAGUCGUUUUCUCACGUAUUUUAAUGGCUGCUCCUGGUAUGUUGGUUCUACCACUGAUAAUGCAACGCGUAGAAAAACUGCCAAUUUACAAACGUUACAAAUGGUUAAAUGCUCCUUUCCAAACUGCCAUUGUUGGAUGUUUCCUAAUCUUUAUGGUGCCUACUGCUUGUGCAUUAUUUCCACAAACAUGCUCUUUGAAAACUACGACCAUUAAGAGACUUGAACCAGAGUUUUAUGCUGAAGUAGAAGAACGUACCAAGCAUAGAGUACCAGAAUAUGUAUACUUCAAUAAAGGACUUUAAUUUGUGAAUUACUCAUAAACCGAUACGAUCAAAUGCUGAAAUAGUUCAAAAAAAGACACAUAUACCAGGACAAUACUACAGGAUGAAUACCGAUAGGUGUUUUACCUGCGAAAACAUGAAACUCAUUAUAAUGAAUUACUAUUAUAAAUUUUAUUUUAUUAUUAUUAUUUUACUAUAAUUUUUAUAAU